AGGACAUGUAUACCUCUGAGAAACCUUCUCCAACAGGAUACCUUGCUUCAAGAUCUGUCUUGGAUUAUAUGCAAAGAAGUUUCCAGUCAUGAGUGCAGAUGCUGAGCAGGAUGCUGCUAUCAAACUUGCCCAAGAACGAGCAGAAAUAGUUGCCAAGUAUGACAGGGGACGAGAGGGGGCACAGAUUGAGCCAUGGGAAGAUGCUGACUACCGUCUGUACAAAGUCACAGACAGAUUUGGGUUUCUCCAUCCAGAGGAGCUUCCUGUCCAUGAUGUAGCGAUAGAAAAGCAAAAGCACCUUGAAAUUGAAAGAACUACAAAAUGGCUUAAGAUGCUGAAAAGCUGGGAAAAAUACAAGAACAGUGAAAAGUUUCACAGGAGAAUUUAUAAAGGAAUCCCACUGCAGUUCAGAGGGCAAGUCUGGUCUUUACUACUUGAUGUCCCUAAAAUGAAAGAAGAAAUGAAAGACUUUUAUAAUAAAUUGAAGUGUCAAGCACGAGGGUCUUCACCAGAUAUUAGGCAAAUUGAUCUUGAUGUAAAUCGAACAUAUAGAGAUCAUAUCAUGUUUCGUGACAGAUACGGUGUUAAGCAACAGUCUUUAUUCCAUGUUUUAGCUGCAUAUUCCAUAUAUAACACGGAAGUUGGAUACUGUCAGGGAAUGAGCCAGAUCACAGCUUUACUCCUUAUGUACAUGAAUGAAGAAGAUGCCUUCUGGGCCUUGGUGAAGCUUCUCUCUGGUCCCAAGCACGCGAUGCAUGGUUUUUUUAUUCCUGGUUUUCCAAAACUGUUGAGGUUUCAAGAACAUCAUGACAAAAUACUGAAAAAAUUUUUGUCCAAGCUUAAGCAGCACUUGGACUCCCAGGAUAUGUCCACUAGCUUCUACACAACAAAGUGGUUUUUCCAGUGUUUCCUUGAUCGUACUCCCUUUACAUUAAGCCUCAGGAUAUGGGAUAUCUACAUACUUGAAGGAGAGAGGAUUCUCACUGCGAUGUCUUACACGAUUCUGAAACUGCACAGAAAGCAUCUGAUGAAAUUACAAAUGGAAGAGCUUGUAGAAUUUCUGCAGGAGUCUUUAGCCAAGGAUUUCUUCUAUGAAGAUGACUUUGUAAUAGACCAGCUCCAAAAUUCUAUAUCAGAAUUGAAACGAGCAAAGCUGGAUUUACCAGUAGCUGGUAAAGAAGAUGAAUUUCCAAAGAAGCCAUUGGGGCAGAUUCCAUCAGGACCACAGCCUGCUAUGGUUAACUCUACUCCAAUGCUUAAUGGACAGAACAGCACUGGUACACAAACAACAAGGACAGAGAGGAAACCAUCCCCAGGAGAAGAACCAGAAAGUUCACCAAAUAACCGGAAAAGAAUUAAUUCACUGGAAAAUAAACCUUCCUUAAAGCAGCAGAAAACUCGACCAAUAGAGACCCAAAGUAGCAUGCCUAAGAAUGAGGUAGACACCAGAAGAAAGCCUCAGCCAGUAGAGCAAGACAACUCGAGACAGUAUAAUAAUGCAGCUGCUAAUCAAAAUUCGAAUGCUACUUCAAAUACAAGAAGGGAAUUUGUACCUAAGUGGAAUAAACCAUCUGAUAUCAAAAUAAUUGAAAAAACAAUGAAGGGAAGGCCAAUAAACCAUUCAGUUUCAGGCCCACCACCAAGCCCUGGAGAAACUCAGCCUUUGAAUGUAAAGCAAAAGAUGAGGGUUUUGGAUGUUGAUGAAGGUAAGCGAGGGUCUAAUGCUUCUCAGUAUGACAAUGUUCUGGAAGUUGAGAAUGAGAAUCUUGUUGAAGAGAUGCUUGAGAGAGUCCUUCCACAGAGCCCUAGGCAUGUAGCGUAUCCUAAUAGUCCAAGAAAGCAAACUGAAAAAAUACCAGCUCCAUUAAAAAUACCCAACAAUUACACCUUCACUUCACAACCCAGAUCUCCAAAAUAUUCAUCACAAUCUGAUGGAUCCCCUCAUGGACUGAAUGUAAAACAGCCACUGCCAUACUACGGUAAUCCACCCACUUACCAUGGAAAUUCUCCAAAGCAUGUUUCCAGUGUAGGCAAUACAAGUUCUGCACCUCUGCAUUACCAUGGGAAUCGAACCAGCCCUUCUGGUAGGCCUCAUGGUUCUUUUAUUUCAGUAGAUUAUUCUCCAGAUAAACUGCAAAUGAAUUCCUAUCCUGUUAGUCGCCAAAAUCCUCUUUCACCAAACCCUGGUCAGAUAGAAGUAGCCCCUGUUGAUGCUUAUACCAGCAAUUCAAGGUCCCCCACAGGUGUCAAAUUCAUAAUCCCUCCUGUGGAUUAUUUACCAGAAGAAAGAAAGUGGCCAGAUGCAGCGUAUAUUUACAGACACGAACCCUACAGGCAGCCCUGGAGCCAAGAUGUUAACAAAGGCCACUUGGAUAAUUUCCAGAAAUACCAGCAUUUUCAGUCAAUGCCUUUUCAAGACCAUAGUCUUUCUGCUGUUUCUGUGGAUAGUCCAGUAAGAUACAGGACUUCACCAACCUUUGAGGAACAUGGUUCACCACAGUACCAAUAUUCCAGCCCAACAGCUCAAGCCCAGCACUAUCGAAACAGAACCGAUGGACUGUCUAUGCAUGAAUCUGUGCUUCUCUGAGAGUCUUGCCCAUUCUUAGUAAAAUGGCAAGAACCAAAAGCAGUUCAACAUUGCUGUGUUAGUACUAGUCCACCUCAGUUCUUCUGUGAAAUGCAGACAGCUUGUGUGACUCUCAACAACAACACUAUUUCAGAGAUGUUUCCGACUUUCAUUGAAGGCUAGUUGGGUUCUUAAGACUUGCAUUGAAGCUAUUGAAAGUGAUCUGAUGCACAUAGACAUAGCAAUAAGAUCAUAUACCCAAUAUGGUUAGUACUGUCAUUGUUCGUUACAUUUAAAUAACUUGUGUUACUGUCCUUCUGCCUAAAACCUGUAACACAUUUACAAGUUUUACUUUGACUGACAUUGUUAAUGCACUGUAUAAAUGUGUGUGCGCGCGCGUGUGAGUGUGCACUUAAAAUACACAAACCCAUGUAGAGAAGAGCUAAAGAGUUUAAAUGUAAAUGCAUUUAACUGUGGGCAAAGCUUGUGAAGAACUUUUAUUUCAUAUUAGUUUUUCUUUGUAAUUUAUUUGAGAAGCCAUUCAUUUUGAAUGGGAGUUUCUGUUGGUUUUAUAUAGCUGCCUCAGCAUCCCAGUAUCUGUUCUGGGCAGGAGAGAUGCUUUGGGAUUAUUAAUUUAAUCUUCUGUAGGAGUUAAUUUCCUCUCCUUUGACUACUGUUUGUCAUUUUCCUCAGUAAAAAGGAGCAGGCAGGCAAAAGCAGUAAGCCAAAAAUGUCUCUCUAAUCUGGCUUAGAAAUGGUGCUUAAAAUUCAGGGCAGUGUUUAGGUGCAUCAAAAGUGGAGAAUUUUUAUCUUCUCACCCAAAUCUACCUUGAGAAUGUCGUCCUAUAUGCAAAAUACUGGAGCACAGUGAGAGUAAUGCCAGAUACAGACACGGUGCUGCACCCUUCAGUUUUUGCCAUGCUGUGCUGUCAGCAUUUGUUUAGUAACAAACUGGUUGCAGGGCCAACUCUCACAAGUAUCACAGGAUGACCAGCUGCUUGAUUCUCUUGUGAAGUAUAUGCAGGAAUCUGAGAUUUAGGCCAGGCUGGGCAUUCCCUGAGCUGUGUGAGUUUGCAGUGUCCCUUCUCUUAAGCUCUGUCAUGUCAGUUCCAUUUUCUUUUGCCCUUUUUUUUACCCCAAAGAGCUGGUAGGUUCAUGGCUGCGAUUGGGCAUGUGCUGCUGUGCUCUCAGGCUGCUGAGAGACUGUGUGGUGUUUUACACUAAGAUGGUUCUGACUGUUAAUAGGAACCUUAGAGCCCUGGUAAUGUAAGUAUUUUUAAUUAGUCUUUGCAGCCUUUGCUACUUCACAUUUUCUUUUACUUGACUGUGAAUUGGGGGUGGAAAAAAAAGCAAGCAGGUUAAGUGGCAGAUGUAGGAUGCAGCUCUGAGAGCUGCUGGGUGCCGAGCAGUAAGUGCUGAACGCCCUGACCUCUCAUGGAAAGCAGUGGGAGUUGAGGCAGAUAAGGAUCUCGCCAGAAGAGGUCCUUGGAGCGCUUAACAGAAGGAUUUUUCUAAUACUUAAGUACCAAACAUAGAUAUCAACGCCUGUUUUGGAUUGUUUGGAAGGUUGUCCAGCUAUCUUUUGUUUUAUAAGUUUUGUUAACGGAAAACAUAGAAAUGGAUAUUUUUUUCCUUUAAAGAAUGAACUUUAGUGCCUAUAAUUGCUGCAGGUUGGCUCUGUAAGUUUGAAGGUACAGAAGUAAAACAAUUUUUACAAAUGGAAGUAACAUUUACUUAGUAUAUUUCAAAAAACUUUUUUUUGUGUGUGUGUAUAUAGUGUGUCUGAUGUAAUUUUUAAUGAACUGGGCAAUUUUAUAUUUUACAAAUCGCAAACUGCAGCGAAGUAACAGUAGCAAAGCACUACACUGAAACUCUGAACUAAAAUUGUGAAGAUAAAUAUGACUUGGGCUUUCCUUAGUUCUGAUUGCUUACAGCAGCAUAGAAAUGUAUGUAUAUAAUAUUGUGGCUAAGUGUAAUAAACUCAGUGUUUAAUGAUGGUUCUGUAAUUCAUAACAAAGCUGUACAAUUUGUUUGUGCAAGCAACGCAAGGCUCCAAAACAUGUAUCAGCAUUAGUAAAUACUGUAGAUUUUUAUAUAUAAAAUAUAUGCACACUAUUUUCUUAUGUCAUCUGCAACAGUUUUAUAACUGUGUAUCCUAUUUUGAUGUGACUGUAUUUUUAACAAGUUAAAAUAAUAAUAAUUAAGCUU